UUCGCUGAUUAGUAGCAACCGCCCAAGUGACGGCGAUAUUUAUUUAGAAAUGUGGGAGAGACUUCCUGCGCGAUGAAACAUUAAAUGGGAAAGGGGGAAAUGGUCGACGGUAGAUGACACGGGUCAGGCAAGGCCCUCUGCAGCAUUGCCUGCCUUAAGUCCCGGGCGAUUCAGGAGGACAUGCCAUGUGAUAUAUCAUAUGUUGAUAUAUCCGUUACGUCAUUACCCUUCAGGUAUGCAAUGGGUGGUGGAGCUGCAAUUCAGCAAGUGUUUACCCACGCACAGCGAGUUAGAUUACUUUACAAGACCAUUCUGAAGUUACAUCGUGGUUUUCCUGUAGAACUGAAAGCUCUUGGUGACCAGUACACUCGUGAUGAAUUUCGACGACACAAAAAUGCAACGCCAGAACAAACACAAGCUUUCAUGGUAGAGUGGACCAACUAUGCAAUCACUAUUGCUAAGCAGCUAGGUGUAAGAGGAGCCCACAUGUCUAAAACCUUUGGACAAAACUUUAAAGAAUCUGACCUGGAAAAUUUUAAUGAUGAACAGAUUUAUCAGCUAUAUGAAUUGUACAAAGCAUCAGUUGAAGCAGAUAAUGGAAAUCAAAAAGAAUCAUGAGUUUUGUUAAAGAGCUAAUAAGUGUUGUCAGUAACUUGGUUAAUUUAUAGCAGACAGUGUAAUUCGGAGUGCUACAUGAUAUUAUAUUUUCAAAUGUAUAUGUACUUUGUACAGAAUGUGUAUAUAUAGCAUAUAGAAAUAAAUUUUAUAAACAUA